UACGUGAUACGUGAAGCGACCAUACUACACUUCCGUUCUUCAAGGGUAUCUGAAGACACCAGACAAGUCAAAAUGUACCGGUUUGCUAAAGCUGCGGUGAACAUUACCGGUCAGGCCGCACGGCAGGUGAGGCAUAGCUCCACCUCCCACCAGGACUUCCACUCCAAGUACGGCACCGGUCUGAUGAUUGGUGGCGCUAUCUUCUGCACGAGUGUUUGGACAUUUGUGCUGACUCAGACUGGCAUCACCUGGAAUCUGUCACCAGUCGGGAAGCUCAUGCCCAAAGAGUGGAGAGAGCCUGAGGAGUAAAGAGCCGCCAUGACAGACCUGCAUCCCACCUAAUAAACCUUCUGGUUGUACAGAUGAAGAAUUGCGUGUUCACAGUGAAUGCCUGUGUUUAUUCCAACAUGUCUGAAUAAAUUAAGUGUGAUUCUACUGA